AUGGAGUACGAACCGAUGCUGUUGGACGGCGAAUCCGGGGGGCCUCAGAUCAAGAUUUCGGGGGCCGAUAACAUCCACGUCAACUUUGACCUUUCGAACUGCGAUCUCUCUUUUGCCAACUCGCUGCGGCGCGUGAUUCAGGCCGAGGUCCCGACAAUCGCCAUCGACCUGGUCGAAAUCGAAGCCAAUACCUCUGUUCUUGCCGACGAGUUCAUUGCCCACCGUCUGGGUCUCAUUCCCCUGCAUUCGAAGGAUGUCAACAGCUUAUUGUACUCCCGUGAUUGCGACUGCGAGCAGUACUGCGACAACUGCAGUGUCAAGCUUACCCUGCACGCACGCUGCUCCUCCGACGAGACGAUGAAGGUUUAUGCGAGCGACCUGAUUGUCGAUAGUUUCAGACAAAAUGGCACCGUAGGAAACCCGGUCAUCAUGGAUCCGGAAGGUCAGGGCUCUCUGAUCGCAAAGUUGCGCAAGGGUCAGGAGCUCAAGUUGUCGUGCAUCGCAAAGAAGGGAAUCGCCAAGGAGCACGCGAAAUGGAUGCCUACGGCUGCUGUCGGCUUUGAAUACGACCCUCAUAACAAGCUGCAUCACUUGGACAUGUGGUAUGAGGAGGAUGCGAAGGCGGAGUGGCCUGAGAGCAAGUACGCGAAGAUGGAGGACCCUCCUCAAGAGGGAGAAGCGUUCGACUACGACGCAGUACCUGAAAAGUUCUACUUCGAGGUCGAGGGCGUUGGAAGUCUAGAGCCCGACCAGAUCAUCCAGGAGGGAAUCAAGAUCAUCCAGGAGAAGAUGGCAUUGUUGCUGCACAUGCUCACCGGCGAGGCUGAUGACGAUGGUAUGGGCGACUUUGACGGCCCACGUAGCCCCAACCUGGACAUGGACGGCGGCAACCCCUGGGGGCAGGACCAAGGUUACACCACCCCAUUCAACGGUGGCGCUCAGGGCUCAUGGGGUGGGAGCGCGACGACUCCGUACGCUACCACCACACCCUACGGUGCUUCUGGCCAAUCUGGCUGGAACUGA